AUGGGCUUCAUGCUGGGAAAGAGACAAACAAACACCGACGGUUUCGUUAACAAUGACAAUGACAAUGACGACGAUGACACGUGGGGCUAUUCUACUACAGGAGUAGCCAUCAAAUGGGCCGUCGUUGGCGCUCUUCUCAUACUACUCGUACUAUGGCUUGUCUUGGGACGCAUGCACGCUCAACGAAGGAUGAGGCGAGGUCAGCGUCCGUUGAUAUACCACAGAAUUCUGGUCCCCAGACCUCAAGGCGCUCGUUUCUAUCCACAACCUCGGUAUGCUUCCCACGGACCUGGCUGGGGCGGUGAAGGUUAUCAAAUGCAAGCGUAUCCUCCUCCAGCCUACAACACCGAUCAUGUACCACCGCCAGUCUAUCAACCUCCGGAUGGCGGCUCGAAGACCAAUCCUCAUCAAGAUUGGGCUGCUGUUCCACCUCCUGGUCCGCCACCUGGUCAUGAAGCUGGGGAAUCCUCGAGGACGGUGGAGACUGUGCCCUUGAAUCAAGAUGAGGCUGGGCAGGAAAAUACUACUGUGCAAUCACAUGUCCAGACAGAGAACCCAGGGCUGAUGUCGAGGUUGAACCCGUUCAAAUGA